AAAAAAAAAGUAACAAAAAUGCGGUGCGGUGCGGGGCGCGACUGGUGUCUCGCGUCCUAACUAAAAUAAAAUACUAAAUAAAAACAUUGUACAGACGUGCUCUUGUGUUCCUGCGCUGCGGACGCAAAUAUUGUUUUUGUGCUAAAAGUACUAGAAACUAAUAAAAAAACUGUUUUGUGUGUGAUAAUUUGAAGAUUCUCCUGUUUUUGAGAUUUGAGAUGUUGGUCAAAGCAAAACUUUGAUUCUUAAUGUCAAGACGGGGCAAGAAUUAUUUUAAACAAAAAGAAGAUAAUUUCAAAAGUGACUUUUUUGAAAGCCUGAUAUCGGGGACUAGCCGGUCCUUGAUGAACUCGCUAAGCUACAACCCCAGCGCUCUUACCCUCUGUAUUGCUAAGAGCCCCUGUAGGUAUUCCGCUAGGGACCCGAGGUUAAGAUAUACCUCAAGAGAACCCAUCUCUUCGCCGUAGAUAUCCUCCAUCUGGCGUUUGAGUCCAAAAUUUCAGUGACGCCAGUCACAGAACAGCCUGUUUUAAUUUGAAAAAUAAAAAGACAGGGCACUAACCCGUACAAGCAAACGCUGCCGCGUUUGAAAGCGUGAUGGACACGCAAAGAGUGUACGCAAAUGGAAUUAACAACAAGGAUAAGUCUAUCAUUCAUAAUGAUAAAAUUCCUUCGGAAGAUGAUAGGACUACUUCACCUCUUCUAGAGAGAGCAAAUGACAUUAAAUACAUCGACGGCGUCGAGCCAGUAGAUGUAGAACAUAAAAACGAUUUAAAUACGAUCAAUUCUAUGAAAACGCAUGAGAAUGGAAUAAACAAUCGUUUAUCUGUAGAGUACUCGAAAGAUGACAAUGAAGACGCGAAGUCUACUAAUGAAAGAGUAAAGUUUCUGGGUGUGGGCGAUGAUGACAGUAUCUGUUCCAGUAAGCAUGAGGAGCCAGAACCUCAAAUACCAGAUGGAGGUUGGGGCUGGGUGGUUGUAGCUGCGUCGUUCCUUAUCGCGACCGUUGCCGAUGGACUUGCAUUCUCUUAUGGACUGCUGCAAAUCAAGUUCGUUGAUUUCUUCGAAGCCAGCGAAGCGAAGACUUCUCUUAUUGGAAGUCUUUUUAUAUCCGUUCCUCUAAUAGCUGGGCCGAUUAUGAGUGCGCUAGUUGAUAGAUAUGGAUGCAAGAAAAUGACAAUAGUUGGAGGAAUAUUUUCUACGGUUGGAUUUGUUGCUGCAUCAUACAGUAAUUCUGUAGAAGUCUUGUAUGUCACUUACGGUAUUAUUGCUGGAUUGGGAAUGGGAUUACUGUAUGUCACUGCUGUAGUAUCUAUAGCAUAUUGGUUUGAGAAACGUCGUAAUUUAGCAGUCGGAUUGGGUUCGUGUGGAGUUGGAUUUGGGACUUUUAUUUACUCACCUUUAACUACCUAUUUAUUAGAUGAAUAUGGUUGGCGUGGUGCUUUAUUAUUAUUAGCUGGAACUGUACUUAAUGUUUGCGUCUGUGGUGCUGUUAUGAGAGACCCUGAAUGGUUAAUUUUGGAGCAAAAGAAACAAAGAAGGUUAAGCAAAUCUAAAAGAGCAAACAGUUCUACCUCAAUUUCGGCUCGAUCUGCUAGGUCUGGUGGGGGAGAAUCGUUGUACCUUGGUGCUGAAGAAUUGAAGCAUUUAGUCCAGAGUGGCGAAGAUCCAGAGCAUAUACUUACUUCAUUGGUGGCUGCAAUUGCGGAAGCGGAGAGUGUUGAAGCAGCAACCAAAAGAAACGCUGACUUAUCGUCACAACAGAAAGUUAGCUCAGUUAUUAAUCUCCCAACAUUUUUGAGGCAGAGCGAGAAGAUAACACCAGAAGUGCUCGAUCAAUUGACAUCUAACGAACGUCUCUACAAUAUAAUUUUAACAAACUAUCCAUCUCUCUUGGCCUUAAGAAGCACAUCAGAUACAAAGCUGAACGUUGAAACUCCAACAAAAGAAAAACUUAGUAAGAAGAAAAAGAAGAGAGAUUUCGAUAAGAAACUUAAGAUGGUUCGAGAGAAUCUUCUUCAGCCUGUUCCAGAGAACAAUACCCUUAAUCCGAAAGUAGAGAGGCACGAUUGGCUGAUGAAGACGUUUCAGACUGAUCGUCAUUAUCUGAGAGAUAUUCGCGUACAUCGUAACUCCAUUAUGCAUAGAGGAGCCAUGAUGAAUAUAGCCAAGUAUAGAUUGAAAGCUUCUUCGUGUCCGGAUAUUUAUAAAAACUCAAUGUGGUCUAUGGAAGAAGACCAAGAGGAAAGGACAUGGGGAAAGAAACUCCUGCACGCCAUAAACAAGACCUUCGAUUUCAACAUGUUCACCGAAUUCCAUUUCCUGAUGAUGAAUCUGUCGACCUUGGUUCUGUUUAUAUGGUUCAUCGUACCCUACUUCUACAUCUCUACCUUCAUGGAAGAGACUGGUUACACCGAAACCGAGGGUUCCCUGAUGCUUAGUGUCUUCGGUGUCGCUACUAUCAUUGGAAUUGUCGGCCUCGGCUGGAUAGGCGAUCUACCAUGGGUGAACAUAACGAAGACCUACGGAUUAUGUCUCGUCGCUUGCGGCAUAUCCAUACUCUUAUUCCCGAUACUUAUUCGUGUUAUGGACGCGAAAGAGUCCUACAGCUUCUACAUUUUGGCGCUAAACGCUUUAUUCUUCGGCCUGACGUUUUCUAGCUCGUACUCAUACACUCCUAGUAUAUUGGUGGAGUUGAUCGCUUUGGAGAGGUUCACCAUGGCGUAUGGACUGGUGCUGCUGAGUCAGGGCUUGGGACAUCUGAUUGGACCACCCAUGGCUGGUGCUCUAAAAGACAAGACUGGGUAUUGGGACGCGGCAUUCUACAUCGCUGGUAUCUGGGUGAUAGUUUCUGGUCUCCUGGUAGCCGUCAUCCCGUACACCAAGAACUUCAGAAUCAUCGGCAACGCCCCGCUGGCUAAGGACGUAGCUGUCGACCCAGAACCUGGAGUGAAGAUUAUUAUUGCGCAUUAGGUUAUGACUUCAU